AUGCGUCUCUCCAUCCUCCUUCCCCUCGCCCUCAUAUCCACCACCACAACCGCCCAACUCGACGCCAUCAAAAUCGUCCAGCAAAUCGCCCCCAACGCAACAAAAUGCCCCGAAACAAAGGAAUGCCGCACCGCCGAACAAGCAGCCCCCUACAUCGCCCAGUCCCUCACCCAUUUCGACGUCUACAGCCCCAAGGAAAUGGCCGCCAUCAUCUCCCUCAUGGCCUUUGAGUCCGUCGACUUCAAGUACAAGCACAACGUGUUCCCCGGCCGGCCCGGCCAGGGCACCGCCAACAUGCAAAUGGCCAACUACAACCUCAUGUACGCCAAGGCCCUUCCCAAAGUGAAACACAAGGUCGCCAAGUUUCCGUCGGUCGAGGGCCAGACCAACGAGACGCUCAACUACAUCCUGUCGCUGGUGCAGCCGGACGAGUACAACUUUGGCAGCGGGCCUUGGUUCUUCACUACGCAGUGUAAGCAGGAUGUGAGGGAUGCGCUGGACAAGGAUCUGGAUAAGGGGUUUGCGGCGUACAUGGCUUGUGUGGGGGUUAGUGUGACGGAUGAGAGGAAGGCUUAUUUCGAGAGGGCGAAGAAGGCGUUUCAACUGUCUUGA